GAUUUUUUUAAAUAUUUAUUCAUUUAACCAAAUUCAUUUAGUUUGGCUAGAAACUUCAACAAAUUAACAACCUUUAACUAAAAGUGGAUAAAAAAAAUAUUCAAAAAAUAUUUAAAAAUAAAAAAAAAUCUACAAAAAAAAGUAACUCAAGUUUUAAAUAAGGGUUACUUAGCUAAAAAAAAUAAAAUAACAAUAAAAAAUUAAAGAAACAAACGUAAUACAAUUAACACAUACAGUGUUUGUAGUAAUAAAAUAACAAAAAUUACAUAAAAUUUAUAAAAUGUUGGAAACCGAAAUUAUGCAACAGCCAAACUUAAACGGUCCCAGAAAUGGUGAGGAUUUUGAUCCCUAUGUCUGUUCUCUCUCAACUGAAUUAAAGAAAGUGGCCAAAGAAGAAUUACAUGAAGAUGAGAAUAUACGUAAACAAGCUUUGGCUCAAUUCCGCGAAUGGAUUGCCAAACAUCCACACAUUAAAAAAUGUCGCACAGAUACUAUUUUCCUAUUGAGAUUUUUACGCACCAAGAAAUUCUCUGUACCAGCUGCCUGUGAAAUGUUAGAACGUUAUCUAACCAUUAGACAACUUUUCCCACAAUGGUUUACGAAAUUGGAUAUUGAAGAUCCCGCUUUAAAUGAAAUCUUCGAAAAUGGUUAUUUGGUACCUUUGCCACAGCGAGAUGAACAUGGUCGUCAAGUGAUAUUUUCGGUAGCUGCUAAAUUUGAUCCCUAUAAGUUUACCUCGGUUCAAAUGGCUCGCAUACAUUCUUUAAUCUGUGAAGCUUUACUGGACGAUGAAGAAUCUCAGGUGGCUGGUUAUGUUUAUGUUAACGAUGAGAGUGGCAUGAAUAUGGGUUUUGUUAGUCUGUGGUCUUUGACAGAUUUAAGAAGUAUUGUUAAGUGUAUACAAAACUCCACUCCAAUGAGACACAAGGAGACACACUUUAUUAAUAUUCCUCACUAUGCUAACAGAAUUAUUGAAUUGGCAGUUUCCAUGUUAAGUGAUAAAUUGAAGAAACGUAUUAUUGUGCACAAAAAUGUAGAUGCCUUAAAGACAAAAAUCGAUCCUGCCAUUUUGCCUAAAGAAUAUGGUGGCACUGUACCCUUGGCCGAUAUGAUUAAAGAAUUCAAAUUGAAAUUGCAACAGAAACGUGCUGCCAUCUUGGCACUCGAUGACAUGCAAAUUGAAGUGACAAAAGAUGCCGCCAACUUUGCAGGCAAUGAUAUUGGUGACAUUGAUGCCGGUGUUGUGGGUAGUUUUAGAAAAUUAGAAGUAGAUUAAACUACAAAUGGCUUCCCCUUUCCCCACAACACUCCUUAAAGAAAAUCUUCUCAAUAUUCUUUACUUUUAUUAAUGUUUAGUAUUUAGUUUAUCAAUUAUUUGGUAUUAUUAAGCGUUUGUUUUUAAAUGUCGUAUUACUAAGAAAAGUAUCAUUGUGUAUUUAAAUAUUUGUCUAUUGAUGUUGUUCAACAUCGUUAAAAUGUUUCUAAGAUAUUUGUAACGAAAUUAGGUAGGUUAAACUCCCAACGGUAUUACAUACUUAAUAUUUAUUACUAUAUAUUAUCAAUCAAUCAAAAAUCCGUACAUUUUAAUGAUCACGAAACAAAAAAAAAGAACACAAUUGAAAAUAAUAUCCUGCAACAUUCUUUUCUAACAACUAUCUCUAGAGCGGACAAAGAAUUGCAAACAAAAUCUGCUGUUGUAUUUAUUAUCAUUAAUUAUUCUUUUUUAUAUAUAUAUAUA